UCUUGCAUAUUGACAUUUCUCUAGUACCGCUUUUCGUGGUGCUGUUUGUGGCAUAUUUUUUCUGGUUUUUGUGAAAUUUUAUAGAAAUCUAACAUUGAAAGUUACAUGAAGUAAUACGUCUGCACAAGUUGCUUUGAGUGUUUUCCAACAAACAAAAUGAUGUACGACGAUGAUGAAAUGUAUGAGGAAGAAAAUGCGGAGGAAAUCUCCCAUGAGUUGUGGCAAGAGGCCUGUUGGAUUGUUAUUAACGCAUAUUUUGACGAAAAGGGUUUGGUGCGUCAGCAAUUGGAUAGUUUUGAUGAAUUUAUUCAAAUGUCUGUGCAGCGCAUUGUAGAGGAUUCACCCGCAAUAGAUUUGCAAGCUGAAGCACAGCACACCUCUGGUGAAAUUGAAACACCCCCUCGUUUUUUACUAAAAUUCGAACAAAUCUACUUAUCCAAGCCCACACAUUGGGAAAAGGAUGGUUCUCCAAGUCCUAUGAUGCCUAAUGAAGCACGUUUACGCAAUCUCACAUACUCUGCCCCACUGUAUGUGGAUAUAACAAAAACAAAGAUAGUUGAAGGUGCCGACCCAGUUGAAACACAACAUCAGAAAACAUUCAUUGGAAAGAUUCCUAUUAUGCUGCGUUCGACAUAUUGUCUGCUAUCUCAGCUCACAGAUCGUGAUUUGACAGAGUUGAAUGAAUGCCCAUUAGAUCCAGGCGGCUACUUUAUCAUUAACGGCUCCGAAAAAGUGUUAAUUGCUCAGGAAAAAAUGGCAACCAAUACUGUUUAUGUAUUCAGCAUGAAGGAUGGUAAAUACGCAUUCAAAUCUGAAAUUCGUUCUUGUCUUGAGCACAGCUCCAGACCAACGUCAACGUUGUGGGUAAAUAUGAUGGCACGUGGCUCACAAAACAUAAAAAAAUCAGCAAUCGGUCAGCGCAUAAUCGCUAUAUUACCGUACAUAAAGCAAGAAAUUCCAAUCAUGAUUGUGUUUCGAGCAUUGGGUUUCGUAGCUGAUCGUGAUAUUUUGGAGCAUAUAAUAUACGAUUUUGACGAUCCUGAAAUGAUGGAAAUGGUGAAACCGUCACUUGACGAAGCUUUCGUCGUGCAAGAGCAAAACGUGGCACUUAAUUUUAUUGGUUCGCGGGGUGCACGACCAGGUGUAACGAAAGACAAACGUAUUAAGUAUGCGAAAGAAAUUUUACAAAAGGAAAUGCUGCCCCACGUAGGAGUUUCCGAUUUCUGUGAAACUAAAAAAGCAUACUUUUUGGGCUAUAUGGUGCAUCGUCUGCUAUUAGCUUCACUGGGUCGUCGAGAACUUGAUGAUCGCGAUCACUAUGGUAAUAAACGUUUGGACCUUGCUGGUCCCCUAUUGGCCUUCCUAUUCCGAGGCCUCUUUAAAAAUCUCAUGAAAGAAGUACGCAUGUACACACAAAAAUUUAUUGAUCGUGGAAAGGACUUCAACUUGGAAUUGGCCAUCAAAACCAAUAUCAUCACCGAUGGCUUACGGUACUCAUUGGCUACUGGCAAUUGGGGUGACCAGAAAAAGGCACAUCAAGCUCGUGCUGGCGUUUCUCAGGUGUUGAAUCGCCUAACAUUCGCAUCCACAUUGUCACAUUUAAGACGCGUGAAUUCACCCAUUGGUCGCGAUGGUAAACUAGCCAAGCCGCGUCAGUUACACAAUACAUUAUGGGGCAUGUUGUGCCCUGCCGAAACACCCGAGGGAGCCGCUGUCGGCCUGGUAAAGAAUUUGGCUCUUAUGGCGUACAUAUCUGUGGGUUCCCAACCCUCUCCUAUUCUAGAGUUCUUGGAAGAAUGGUCUAUGGAAAAUCUCGAAGAAAUUGCACCCUCAGCUAUCGCCGAUGCAACGAAAAUUUUCGUCAACGGUUGCUGGGUCGGCAUACAUCGUGAUCCAGAACAGUUAAUGGCAACUCUUCGCAAAUUGCGACGUCAGAUGGAUAUUAUUGUUUCUGAGGUAUCAAUGAUUCGUGAUAUUCGCGAUCGUGAAAUAAGAAUCUACACGGAUGCUGGACGGAUUUGUCGUCCGUUAUUAAUUGUGGAAAAUGGUUCGCUGUUAUUGAAGAAAACUCAUGUCGACAUGUUAAAGGAGCGUGAUUACAAUAACUACAGUUGGCAAGUUUUGGUUGCUUCGGGUGUAGUUGAGUAUAUUGAUACCCUGGAAGAGGAAACUGUGAUGAUUGCUAUGUCUCCCUACGAUUUGAAGCAAGACAAAGAUUAUGCCUACUGUACGACCUACACGCACUGCGAAAUUCACCCGGCCAUGAUUUUGGGUGUAUGCGCAUCUAUUAUUCCAUUUCCUGAUCACAACCAGAGUCCACGUAAUACUUAUCAAAGCGCUAUGGGUAAACAAGCCAUGGGUGUUUACAUUACCAAUUUUCAUGUUCGGAUGGACACUUUGGCGCACGUACUCUAUUAUCCAAUGAAGCCAUUGGUCACCACGCGCUCCAUGGAAUAUCUGCGUUUCAGAGAAUUACCAGCUGGCAUCAAUUCAAUAGUAGCUAUUUUAUGUUACACUGGUUACAACCAAGAAGAUUCUGUCAUCUUGAAUGCUUCAGCUGUAGAGCGUGGAUUCUUCCGCUCAGUUUUCUACCGUUCAUAUAAGGACUCUGAAAACAAGCGCAUAGGUGACCAGGAAGAAAAUUUCGAAAAACCCAAUCGUCAGACUUGUCAAGGCAUGCGUAAUGCUCAUUAUGACAAGUUAGAUGAUGAUGGUAUUAUCGCGCCAGGUAUUCGUGUUUCAGGAGAUGAUGUCGUCAUAGGCAAAACGAUUACUUUGCCGGAAAAUGACGAUGAACUCGAUGGCACUACAAAGCGCUUUACUAAAAGGGAUGCGUCCACCUUCCUACGUAAUUCCGAAACUGGUAUUGUCGAUCAGGUGAUGUUAACACUUAAUAGUGAGGGCUAUAAGUUCUGUAAGAUUCGUGUGCGUUCGGUGCGCAUACCACAAAUUGGUGAUAAGUUUGCCUCACGUCACGGUCAAAAGGGUACUUGUGGUAUCCAGUAUCGUCAAGAAGACAUGGCAUUUACAUGUGAGGGACUGGCACCCGAUAUUAUUAUUAACCCUCACGCUAUUCCAUCUCGUAUGACAAUUGGCCAUUUAAUCGAAUGUCUACAAGGCAAACUUGGUUCAAAUAAGGGCGAAAUAGGUGAUGCUACACCUUUCAACGAUGCUGUCAACGUACAAAAAAUUUCCACUUUCCUACAAGAGUACGGCUAUCAUCUGCGUGGAAAUGAAGUCAUGUACAAUGGUCAUACUGGCCGUAAAAUCAAUGCCCAAGUAUUUUUAGGACCUACUUAUUACCAACGUCUUAAGCACAUGGUGGACGACAAGAUCCACUCUCGUGCCCGUGGUCCCGUACAGAUUUUAGUACGUCAACCUAUGGAGGGUAGGGCGCGUGAUGGUGGUCUACGUUUCGGUGAGAUGGAACGUGAUUGUCAGAUAUCUCACGGUGCCGCACAAUUUCUACGUGAGCGUCUUUUCGAAGUCUCCGAUCCAUAUCGCGUACACGUUUGCAACUUCUGUGGACUUAUCGCUAUAGCUAAUUUGCGCAAUAAUACGUUUGAGUGCAAAGGUUGCAAAAAUAAAACACAAAUAUCACAGGUUCGUUUGCCCUACGCUGCCAAGCUGUUGUUCCAGGAGCUAAUGUCGAUGAACAUCGCACCACGGCUGAUGGUUGUCCAGUAGGCACGAAAGAAGAAAGCGUCAAUCAUUUCAUAUUUGUGUGCGUCAAUAAAUAGGCACUGUGCUAGUUUUAGUUCGCUCUUAACAAUUUUAUAGUACUACAUCUAUUAAAUAAAGUAAAUAAACCUUUAAAUAGUUGUUGCAGA